CCUGAACUUUUGAAUUGUGUAUGUCAUGUAAGCUCUGGAAGUACGUCUUUUGACCUAGUCGAAUUAUACUUUAUAUGAUUCCAGAGCCUCGUCCCUCUGCCACGUCAGCGGCCCUCUCAGCCGUAACAGAAGCCCUAAGUUCCUUAGCAUUGUACGAUGAUGCUCAAUGCGUGCCACGGUUACUCUGCGAGGCAGCUGGAGGUGGAUCUAUCCCUGGAUCUGGGAUACUGCAGUCAGUUUCUGGGCUACAACCAUUGCUUACCUUACUCUCGGCCUACAACGGCAUCAGCUCCUCCCCACUCUUCGUGUUCGGCCGAGCCGUCUUCCUGGGCAUGACUUCCAAGGCUAAUCCUGGGACCUGUCGCUACGCCUACCCUCAAUGCCCCAACGAUCCUGAGCAGCUAGUCCACUAUUUGAACAACCAUAACGGAGGCUUCUUCAGGUUCUUCGCAGCCCCACAACUUAAUCAAGAGCAGGGACUAGAGCAGUUCUACAACCAGCUAUCAGGGCAGAAUUAUGGAUUAUAUCAACCACAACAAUCCUCACAGCCUAACCAGUUCCAAAACCAAAAUUCGCAGCAAGGAUACGGUCUGCAGCAACAGAAUCAGUAUUUAUACGAUCAACAGUUCGGUCAAUAUCAUCAUCAAUAUGUGCCUCAGCAAUAUCAGAAUCCUAAUCUCCAGGGUUAUGGUCUCCAACAACAAUUUCAUCAGAAUUAUCAAAGACCCAAUCCAUAUAGCAAUGGAUAUGGUCUGUAUGGCCAGAAUUAUCCUUACCAAAAGAGUCUUAACCACACCAUUGAAAACAGGAUUCAAAGGAGAAUACAGAAUGUAAGGAACACGGUAUUUGUUAACGUCAGUUCUAAGCCAAAAUGGUCUUUUCCAGAAUCUACUUCAAACAGGGAUGUUUAUAGCAAUGUAAGGUUAGGUAAAGUUAUUAAUUUUCCUCAAAGUAAUGUAAAUUCUAUCACUGCAGGUCAAGGUUUCGUUUUCCCAGGCAUACAAAGUAAUAGAGAAUAUCCGAUUAAUAUUGAGGCAUUUGAUGAUUUUGAACAAAAGGGAGUUGAUGAGUUUAGGUUUCGUAGUGAGAACAAUGAUGGAAUAUUUAAGAAUGGUGUUGAUGGUGACAAUAAUGAUGGUAUUAGAAUUUUGUAUGUAGUCAGGGGUAACGGAGAUCCAAAUCAUCCUGAAAUUGUGCGAUUGAUUCCUGGUCAAACUUUGUAAUAUAUUUUUCAUAAAACAA